AUGCAGCUGGCAAACUGGACAGAGGUGUCUGAUUUCAUCUUGAUAGGUUUUCCUGGAGGCCUGAAGCUACAGCUCUCACUAUUUACAGUUUUUCUGGUUGCUUAUGUACUGACAAUAAUGGAGAAUGUGCUGAUCAUUGUAUUGAUCUGGCUGAAUGUCAAGCUUCAUAAGCCUAUGUACCUCUUUCUGAGUAACCUUUCUUUCCUGGAGAUCUGGUAUGUGUCUGUCACUGUCCCAAGGAUGCUUAUUGGCUUUGUGACAGAAAAGAAGGAUAUCUCUUUUACUGGUUGCAUGGCUCAGCUGUACUUUUUCAUUGCUCUGGCAUGCACUGAGUGUGUCCUAUUAGCUGUUAUGGCCUAUGAUCGCUAUGUUGCCAUCUGCAAACCACUGCAUUACCCUGUCAUCAUGAGUCAUGACUUCUGCAUCCGCUUAGCAGGAGGCUCCUGGAUAAGUGGCUUUUUUGUAGCUGUGGGGAAGAUGGUUUUCAUCUCACGUCUGAGAUAUUGUGGCUCCAACAUCAUAAACCACUUCUUUUGUGACAUUUCUCCGCUUCUCAAUCUGGCCUGCACUGACAUGUCACUGGCUGAGUUGAUUGAUUUCAUUCUUGCCUUACUCAUUCUCAUUGGUCCACUUUCUGUAACAAUUGCUUCCUACUUCUACAUAAUUUCAACAGUGCUGCGCAUCCCUUCAGUCAAAGGAAAGCACAAAGCCUUCUCCACAUGUGCCUCACACCUCCUGGUUGUGACUAUUUUCUAUUCUGCCACCAUUUUCAUCUAUGCACGGCCACGGGCUCUCAACUCCUUUAACUCAAACAAACUGGUAUCUGUUGUCUACACAGUUUUUACACCACUUCUUAAUCCAGUUAUCUACUGCCUGAGGAAUCGGGAAUUCAAAGAUACCCUCAGCAGAAUAGCACACAGAGUUUCUUCAAGUAACAUGGAGUAA